UUUAGCUCAAUUGCCAUCCCUCGCUCCAUCGCGAUCGACUGCGCGUAGCAAUUUGGAAGCAGGAAAUCCACAUCUUUUCCAUAUUUCUUGCACAUUCUACACCAGGGUCUGUUAUUGGUGGAGACCCUCGAAUGUCCGGAUAUACCCAGGUUCAAGAUAACGACUGGCAUAUUUUGAUGCACGACAAGACCGGAUCAGUCACUCUGGACGGACUACCGGGACUCCCCCCUCCCAGGAUGCCUUCCCAGCCGAUGCCCAGUCCCAUGGACCGGGAACACGGCAUGGGGAGGCCCACCCCCUAUAUGGGCCAGCCAGACUACCGUAUCUAUGAACUUAACAAAAGACUGCAACAGAGGACGGAGGACAGUGACAAUCUCUGGUGGGAUGCCUUUGCCACCGAGUUCUUUGAAGAUGAUGCCACACUGACGCUCACUUUCUGUCUAGAGGAUGGACCAAAACGCUACACAAUUGGGCGGACAUUGAUCCCCCGAUAUUUCCGGAGUAUAUUUGAGGGUGGCGUCACUGACCUGUACUAUGUACUCAAACAUCCCAAAGAAUCUUUCCACAACACAACGAUAACUCUGGACUGUGACCAGGCCAUGAUGGUCACACAGCAUGGCAAGCCCAUGUUCACUAAUGUGAUCACAGAGGGACGGCUGGUCUUAGAGUUCACUUUCGAUGACCUGAUGAGGAUUCGGUCAUGGCAUUUUGCGAUCAGGCAGCAUCGAGAGCUGAUUCCACGGAGUGUCAUUGCAAUGCAGCAGGACCCAGCCAUGGUGGAGCAGCUGUCCAAGAACAUCACCCGGCAGGGCCUUACUAACUACACUCUCAACUUCCUCAGGCUAUGUGUGAUCCUCGAGCCCAUGCAGGAGCUGAUGUCCCGGCACAAGGCGUAUGGCCUCAAUCCUCGGGACUGUCUCAAGACCACGCUUUUCCAGAAGUGGCAGCGAAUGGUAGCGCCACCUGGUAAAGUCCCCCUGCCAGCUGAACACCCGAGCCGGCGAACCUCGCCGUCUGAUCAAAAUAUGGCCAAACAUACGGGAAGUGGGCAAUUUAUGCCCCAGUAUUGGGAAACAACAAGUCAUGUACUUUCAGAGGCAACCCGGCCACCUAACAAGAGGCGGAAGAGAAAGGCAUCCACGGGGAACAACACGGGCAUCAACAGCCGAGAGGGAGGGCCAAACAAGAAGCGCUCGCCUCCCCAGGCCUUCAACAUUGGGUCGUCAGUACCAGGGGAUGUGAUGGUAGUGGGUGAGCCGACUCUGAUGGGUGGUGAGUUUGGGGAUGAGGAUGAACGGCUCAUCACCCGUCUGGAGAACACGCAGUACGAGCCCAAUGCUGGGGAGGAGGAACAAGACAAGUUCCAGAACUCACCGGCGCUGCAGUCGGGGUCGUGGGGACAACAGGACAAGAAGACGCCACAACCCACGGCAACUACGCCCGUGUCCGAGACAGAGAUCAAAACAGAAUGAAAAACAAGAUAGGUUUUGGAAUUACCAUGAGAAUUGUGAAAAACUAUAGAAAGGAUCUCGACAGUGAAGGAAAGCAAUGGGACAAUCUAAGAGUAACACUGGGCUACACAGAUACCGAUAUCUGAUAUUAACUGAAAUGUGACUAAAUUGUAACGUAUGAAAGAAGGUCACUUUGGGGGUAUUGAUGGAGCUCUCGAUGACGUUAUUGUCAGCUUUUGUUCGUGAAUAAAAAGUUAAGUAAAUUAUAUUUGUAAGUGAAAGUGAAUCAGAUUGAUAACAGAGAUUUGGGAGUUACAAUGAAUAGAAUAUGGAUUUGAAAUUGACUCUAUGUAUGUACUUACUUUUUAUGUUGUUUCAACAUUGAAAAUACUUUGGAAAGAUCUGUAUUUUGUUUCAUUGAUAAUUGACCUGGUGUGGUAGAUUUUCUUAAAUUGAGAUGUUUCUUCAUGCUGUCGCAGGCUUACAAGUUCAAUGAUGUUGCUACAAUUGACCUUUCAUCUGAUCGACAUUCAGGGUUCAUGUGGUAUAUGAUACAAUUGUCUGUGUAGUUUAGUAUUUAUAAGAUUUCAUUUGAAUAUUUAUUUACCCUGAUGCAUUUCAGAGCUUCCAGUUAUAUCCAGAGGAAUAAUUAAGUUGUUUCAAAUUUUGUCAAACAUGAAUCUCUACACUCAAGGAUACUGAAAAUUGUGGAGUUGUUUGAACAGAACUUCCCUACUACCGAGGUAUAACACCUACAGCACAACUAUGUAGGACCAGGUGACAGUUUCAUAGCUGUCAAUGAGUAUUUAUUUUGCUUUGAAGCAUCAGAACUAAGGGCAAACAACUAAUAAGCGUUUUUAACCGGACACUUACCGGGUAUGUGCUGGUACAAAUGUUAUUAUGAAGUCUUAUCAAAGGGAAGUAACUCUGAUGUUUCUCCAGUUGUCCCACCAUUCCUUAUGAAGCCUCAUUGAAGGAGUACAUAUCUGUAUUUUAAGUCACUUAUCAGUUUCAUUCUACUUCACUUUGAGUUUAAUAUUUUGUCCAUAGUUUUGAUUUCCUUCCUCUUUCUUAUCCAAAUAAACAACUGUUCAAGGCAGCUUUGAAGAAAGAGAAGUAUUUCAACCUGUUUGGUGUUGUCAGCAUAAGAUUGUCCUGUUUCGUGGACACUGAACAAAACAGAAUUUGUAAGGAACAAAUAAAUCUUUCAUCGAGCAAAUGUGUUGUCAUUAUCAUACUUCAAUACUGUUUUGCUGGUAUGACGUAAUACUGUAUGUAUCAACUGUGACUCUUUCAUGAAGCAUUAUAUAUCAUAUAUCACCGAGUAAAUUACCAUGAAAGCAUGAAAGGCUCAAGAAUGCAUUAGAUAGUGGCCUUUGAUGUUCUCUAUCAUGAUGAAGGUCACAAAGGAAGGUCUUUGAAAACUGAAAUUAGAAGGCACAAUGUCAGCUUAUUCGCCCCCAUUUGGAGAUUAGAUGACUGGUUUGUUUUCAUAAGCAAGAUGGGUCCUCAAUGCGUCUGUCAUAAUGUUGCAGAACAACAGGGUGCAUGCAACACCGCCUUGCAUUCAUGGGUGUUCUUUCUUUGAUAAUCACUCCACAAUGAACUGCCACCUUGUUUAGCUAACCUGUGGAUCUGACACAGAAUCCCUUUGAAAUAUUGCAGACUUUUUUAUGCUUUCAGACUGAACUGUAUAUUUAUUUCCUUAUUUCCUUUCAGAGUUGUAAAUACAAAUAGAUCCUUAUAAAUGUCCUGUAUGAACUCUACUGUGUGUAACCUCAUGCUUCCACUAAAACUGUUGCAAUGUAUUCCUGAAAGUCAGUUGCCAUUAUUGGCACCAUUAUGUUUUGUUCCUGAUAUUAUUUAGUGCCUGGCCUGAGUUUCUCCUUAAAUCAUUAUAUAUACUCAUGGGGCUGGGGGACACAGCAUUGUACAUUCUACAUUUGAUGUGUAAUCAUUGUGGUCAGUUGUAAAUGUCCUAGUAUUCUUAGUCAACAAAAUUGUUGUGGGUAAUUUUCAUCAAAACAUUGAAUAAAACUAUAUGUUUUCAAUGAA